AUGUUGCUCGUGCUUUGGUUGGUUGUAUUUGUCAUUGAAAGACCAUAUGGUGCGUCCACAAUAGAACAGUACUUGCAAUUCAUCCCUGUUAGUGGAGUUAGACAUGACAUCUUUUUCUAUGAACAUCCUGGUCUGCGAAAUCCCAUUGAAAUAGAUGCCACUAUUAAACAGCAAGUUCGCAUCAGGAUUGUAGAACAUCUGAACGAGCUUCCUGUGUUAAGAAUUCAUUGUGUUGUUGCUCCCCUCGAUUCGACUCAUGAACUCGUCUCUGCUUACUUAUGUCGCAGGAAGUCUACGCACGAUUCGGAUGAAUGCAUUGAUCCUAAAACAAGAAAUGUUAUUUUCGGUCGGGUUGAGUUUAGCGCUAAUGGCAAUAGAUCUUCAGGUUACACGUUUUCUUCUAGGCUACCUGUUAAAGAUGAACUACUUGACGGCUUUUACUUCUGCAAGUAUCAUAACCGGAAUGGAGAGCUAAUUUCAAAUUUCAUUGAAAUACAGGAUGCGUAUUACUAUCACAAACGUAUGGUUAGACGACCUGUAAAGCAAACUGAAUAUUUACCUCCUUUAUCUAUCAAUGAUCUUCCCUUGAGUCUGGAAUGCGGACAAACUCAAGUAUCUGAAGAGUUGCCAAGUUGGGCUGAUGCAGCGUUCCCCAGUCCGUUUAUGUGGUCAUUUUGUGAUGUAGACAGCCCUGAUGGUAUACAGUCUGCUGGGUGCAUGCGUAGAGUUCGUCAAACAUCUACUCAUGUUACAAAUUAUUUUGAAAGUUAUGUCUCUCCGAACGGUACUUUGGUGUUAUACAAGCGCACAACGUCAGCAUGGAAAGAUAUGGGUUUAGUGUGCUGGAGCCACUUGGACUCCUCAGCUGUUUAUUCUACCUAUUUUGGUGGUUCAAGUGAGCGGCCUAAGUUGUUGACUUAUGACUCCAAUAUACCAUUCGUUGGUAGUGGAAUUACUGUAUUAUCACCCCUCACACAAAGGAUUACUGUUCGAAUUGGGCCACGAACUGGUCUCAAGUUAGUCACUAAGUAUCGAUCUACUCCAGAGUACACGACUGUUAAAUGGACCAAAGACGGCAGAAGAAUUCCACCUGAUUUUCCAGGACACAGUGAUUAUCUCUUGAAGUUUCCUGAUCUCAUUCGCCGAGAGCACUCUGGGACUUACAAUUUACUUGUGGAAAAUGGGAAUGAUCAAGUUAAUUUUCAGUUCAUAGUGAGUGUAGUCGGUCCACCUGAAGUGAUACGUGCUCCUCCACCUUUACUUUUAGUGAUGGAGGGAGAAAAUGUUACAUUUAGCUGUCAGUUGGAUUCGUUUAUAACGGAGUCUUUAGAAAUCAAUGGCCUACCUUACCAACCGAAUCCUACUAAUUUUCGUACUGAACUAAGAGAUCAAUAUCCGUACUUAAAAGAUGCUUUAAUACAACCAUUGCAAAAAAAUGGUCAUAUUUUAACUUAUUCAGCCUAUAAUUUGCUGUUUACACCUGGUAGUAAAGUUGGACCGACUCAUACUGUCAGCUUGGUUGGGAAAAAUGAAUAUGGCUUGGCUCGAGUAUCCACUCUUGUCAGAGUACUACCCCGAAUAAACAUCUUGAAGGCUCCAAAAGAUUACUCAUGUACUACUGAUUGCUUAAACACUAUUUCACAUGCAUUCGACUGCGUUAUCGAUACGGAUCCUUAUCAGUCUACUUACUUUGUACAAACAUGGGAAUUAAAUGGCAUUCCUGUGUCGAAAAUGACAAAAGAUUAUCAACAGUCAAAAUUUAUUAAAACAGAAGACACAAAGUUGAUAAUCACACCCGUUGAUGAUCCGUCCUUAACUGUAUUGUUCCGAAAAGUGAAUGUGACGUGCCGUUGGCGUAUCUUUUAUCCGCAUGUGACUUCUCGGAUUGCAGAUCUGGAUACAAGACUUUUGGAACCGAAUAUGAAGGUGUAUGAUUCUCAUGAGGAUGCAAAAAUCCGUCCACUUAUGACAGCAGCGUUGGAUCUACAAGUGGAUCAUGACCCAACUCCGGCAUCAGCUAACAUAUCUUGGAUAACAGCUGUGAUUAUCGGUAUACUUGUUAUAAUUGCGAUCGGAGUUCUAACUGCUUGUUUGGUCAUGAGAUUCCGUGGAGAAACUUAUAUGCUGGAUCGUGAAGAACGUGCUCUUGGAAAUGAUCCAGAAAAAGAACUACGUGAAAAAGAAGCAUUCCAAACCUAUGAAAGAGCAGAAGAACCGCCACUUCGAGGCAGUCGUUGUUCAUUAAAUGAUGACAGUGCUGAAAUUGGCAGUGAUGGAGAUGGUGAACUAGACGAUUAUAAUCUUGAUCCUGGUAAAUUCAAUGAAGAAGGCUCUUUCAUUGGGGAAUAUGCAACAGAGAGACACAAGGGCCCAUCAAAUCGUUUACCAACUCUUGAUCGAAACUACAAUCCAACAGUUUAA